CCAGCGGGGGGCGCGCAGGUGCGACCCCUCGACGAGCUGCGAGAUGGACUGUGAGGCCAACAACAAGGACCUCAUCUGCGUCCUCAUCGACGAUGGAGGCUUCCUGGUGCUCUCCAACCAGGAGGAUCACUGGUACCAGGUGGGCAAGUUCUUCAGCGAGGUGGAUGCCAACCUGAUGUCUGCCCUCUACAACAACUCCUUCUACACCCGCAAGGAGUCCUACGACUUCCAGUCCGUGUGUGCCCCCGAGGCCCAGAGCAACACGGGCGCUGCCCCCCGCGGCGUGUUUGUGGCGCUGGCCAGCACCAGCGUGGUGGUGAAGUCCGUGUGCGCCGCUGUCAUCCUGCUCUACCUGCUCUCCUUCGCGGUGGACACGGUGUACGGGCUGGGGGUGACGCCCGGCUACCUCUUCCCCCCCAACUUCUGGAUCUGGACGUUGGUGACGCACAGCCUGGCGGAGAAGCACGUGUGGGACGUGGCAGUGAGCCUGGCCACGGUGGUGGUGGCCGGCAGGUUGCUGGAGCCCCUCUGGGGCGCCCUGGAGCUGCUCAUCUUCUUUGCGGUGGUGAACGUCUCUGUGGGGCUCCUGGGAGCCUUCGCCUACUUCCUCACCUACGUGGCGUCCUUCCAUCUCUCAUACUUGUUUGAUGUCCGCAUCCAUGGCAUGCUGGGCUUCCUCGGUGGCGUCUUGGUGGCCCUUAAGCAGACCAUGGGUGACAGCACUGUCCUGAAGGUGCCUCAAGUGAGAAUGAAAGUUGUCCCCAUGCUCUUGCUCCUUCUCCUGGCUGUUCUGCGGCUCACCACCCUCAUCGAGAGCAAUGUACUGGCCUCUUAUGGCUUCGGGGUCCUUUCCAGCUGGGUCUAUCUCCGUUUUUACCAGCGGCACAGUAGAGGCCGUGGAGAUAUGUCAGACCACUUCGCUUUUGCCACUUUCUUCCCAGAGAUCCUGCAGCCAGUGGUGGGGCUGGUGGCCAAUUUGGUGCACAGCAUCUUGGUGAAGGUAAAAGUCUGCCGGAAAACAGUGAAACGCUACGAUGUGGGUGCCCCCUCGUCCAUCACCAUCAGCCUGCCAGGAACAGAUCCCCAGGAUGCUGAGAGGAGAAGACAGCUGGCCCUGAAGGCCCUGAACGAGCGGCUGAAGCGCGUGGAGGACCAGUCGGCGUGGCCCAGCAUGGAGGAUGAUGAGGAGGAAGCAGCGAAGGCAGACAGCCCGCUGCUCCCCGACGCCAGCGCGGCAGGGAAAGGAACCAGCCAGGAGUCCAGCCUAAUCACUUUUGAGGAUGCCCCAUCCCAGCUGUGACCUGCGAACACACCACCUCCCUUCCCCGCCCCGUCUCUGUGUCGGAGAGCUGCUAACUACCCUCGCGUCUUCUCACAGCACCGUCUGCUCCCCAGGACGCUGCCUGCGGGGAGCAGGGACUCCUCCCGCGGCAGAGGCAGGGGGCUACCUCAUUCCAAUGCCUCAUCGCCGCACGUGGCUAGCACCGGGCGUCACACGGCCGCUGGCCAAGGGUGCCAGCCACCGCCUUGGAGAGGACCUCGUUGCUGCGGGGCUCCGGUUCUCGCUGCCUCCCUUUCUGAGGACGGGGAGGGGGGGGUUCCUCGAGGCCACUCCCCGCGGUUCAGACCCGCGCGCCUCCCGCCUGCGCAGGGCGGGCGUCCUGUGCGCCGUGGCAGCCACCCAGGGGGGGUGUCUCUGCUGGCAGCGGGGGCUUUCUUUCCGGGAGGGAGACAUUGGACUGAUCCAGCCUCAGAUUUGUCCCACGCUCAACAGAUAGGCUCCCUUUUCUGAGGCCUCUGCGCUUGACCACAAAGUAACCUCACGGCGCCCACAGGAGCAAAAUCAGCAAGUGAGAGCGCACUUUCUUGCUUCUUUUUUUGUAAUAGUGGUUGUCCAGAGUGCCCAAAACUUCUUUUUCUCCUUUCUGAAGUAACUUUUGUUCCUUAUCUGAGGAAUAGGAAGGCUUGCGGGUUUCUGUUCCGAAUCCUUUUCCUGUAUUGACCCUCCCCUGCGCUCUGGCAGGAGCUUGACAUGAUCAGUCCUGAGUUAGAGGUUUGCCAGGCCAGAGAUUGAGAAGCCUGUUCAGAAGGAAAGUAGUUGCUCAGCACCUGCUGCUGCUGCUGCAGUGGCCUGGCGUGAGCUCCCGCUCGGGGCCGGGGCCGUCUACUCUCAGCUUUGCAGUUAGUGCAUGGAACGGGAAUCAAUCCCCGACUUUUCCUAGAGGUGAGAGGGGCUUCAUUUUGUGGUGUUGGACUUUUCUCCUUCCUCUUGUGUUGCAGUGAUUCAUUUCCCUGGAAGCCAGCCCCUCUGGAAGGAGCCAGUGCCCUCAGCUGCUGCUCGACUAAUCCGUUUGCCAGAUUAUACUAGAAGCUGGAAUUAGUUUUUACAGUGGGGCGCUCGCUGCCUCCUCUGGCACCAGGUUUUAUUUCCUGCGGGUAGAAUAUGGGCUCCCCCUUCUGUUUUCCUUCCUCUGUGUUGAUUCACUUUUUUUUUUUUUUUUGGGAGGGGAUGCUCCCUGAAAAAGCUUCCCUGAAGAGCCAGCCCCAGCCGGCUGUGCCACUUCCAGCUCCUGAUUUCCCUGGGCAGUUCCCAGUCUGGGACGUGGGUUGACAGUGUCAUGAUUAUUUUUUUAAAGGACCACACAAGAAGGUUUUGUCAACCAGUAAAAACACAGAAAUUUCAGUAUCAAUAAACAGUUCUUUCAAAGA